AUGGAUGGAAUACGUUUUGCGCCUGGCUAUAGUUUAGAACAAACUAUGGAAGACUUAUUUCGUAGCAGUAGUGAUUCAGAAGGUAGUGACGCCGAAGAUGAUGGAACAGAGACGCAGGUAGACCAAAGUGGUGAAAUUUGUUUACAUGAAUUAGAAGAAAAUGAUAUUCUUGCUGAAAAUGAUGACAGUGGAGAAGAUGAAAGUGCAGUACUGGUAAGCAGGGAUCGGGAUAUUGCAUGGAGUACAAAAGAACCAUCAAUUUGUAGAUUUCCAAUCCGCAACAUACAACGAUUUUCAGCAGGUAUUCCUAGUACAGUUAGUGUUAGCUCAGCUGUUGACUGUUUCAGGCAGUUUAUUACUAAUGAAUUGCUGGAUAUAAUAGUUCAGUUCACAAAUCAACGAGGAAAUGAAUCGAAAGUGUCUGGAAAAUUAGUUGACUGGCGUGAUACAGACAGAUUCGAGCUUCUUUCAUUUUUAGGCUUGCUGAUUCUGUAUGGCGUACAGAAGAGCCAGGGGAAACCUAUUGACAAAUUUUGGGACUCUGAAUAUGGCACUCCUCUAUUCCGUGCUGCUAUGUUGAGGAGGCGAUAUCAGGACAUUCUGCGUUCACUUCGUUUUGACGACCGCAUCACAAGACUUGAAAGGAAAGAGAGGACUGGAAAUAAGGCUGAAGCUGUACUGGAAAUAUUUGAUUUGUUUGCUGUGCAAUGUCAAACAUCAUUUAUACCUUCCAGCAACAUUACUGUUGAUGAACAUCUUUGCGUAUACAGAGGUCGGUGCAGUUUCCAGGUCUACAUUCCUUCAAAGCCAGGAAAGUAUGGCAUCAAGAUAUGGUGCGCAGUAGACUGUGAACAUGGUUAUCUGACAAAUCUUCAAAUGUACACUGGAAGGAGUGGUGAUGUGAGAGAAGUGAAUCAAGGCAAGAGAGUGGUCUUAGAUUUAGUGCAUCAUCUGGCUGGCAGUGGUAGGAAUAUUACCACUGACAAUUUUUUCACGAUCUAUGACCUUGGCCAAGAAUGGUUGAAAAUGAAGUUGACACUUGUAGGUACUCUAUGUUCUACAAGAAAAGAAGUCCCAAAAGAGUUUUUGCCUUUGAAAACUAGGGAAGGAUGCACUACCAGAUUUGCAUACAGUGGUAAAACCCUAUUAGUUUCGUAUGUUCCAAAAAGAAAUAAGGCUGUGCUACUCCUGUCAACACAACAUCAAUCAUUUGAAGUGCCCAAAGAAAACAACUUGAAAUGA